GGCACAAGUUUUGGGAGGAGACCGACCAAGAUUUAGCAGACUCAAUCUCUUGAAGAGGCGUUCGUUUUCUUGGGUUUCUGCCUUUCUUUUCCUGACUUUGCCUGAGCGAUCCAUGCCCGCGCGCCCUGAUUUCUUCCACCCCUCCUGAACCUACAAUACAACAACCUUGAGACACCCCUUCCCUCCAAUUAUACGGUCGCAGUCCAGUUCAAACCAGAGUUCCGUGCGCAAUCAGUAGGACAGGUUUGAGAUCCAGCCCCAGCUUUCAAUUCGCCAGGAAAAAAACGAUCGGGGUCGCUCGAGUGAAGGGGCGGAUGAAUGAUUUGUGUCGUGGUGGAGGCUCAAGGUUCCAACGAUUAAGAUCAGGACUGAGUCACUGGCACAGGCACUGGGCUGCCUCCUCCAAAACCAACGCCCAGACGCGAACAACAUUUCUGAGAUCGCGCACAACACCACCCAUCUUAUCUGGCUAUCGACAAUUCUUCUCUACCGGAGUCACGAUGACAGAAGCUCAGAAGAAAUGGACUGCUCCCAUCGUCAGAAAGGAGUUUCUCGACUUCUUUGACAAAAAUGGACAUACUAUUGGUACGUAGCGGGGUAAUUGAGGGGGAAACCAUAAUUCUCGAGUUGGUCUGCAAGACUUGCGAUAGGGUCUGGCGAAUAUAUUCUAUGACUCUUGGAUAUACCAUCAUCUCUGCGAAUAUCCUGGGCUAAUCUGUAUUUAAUUCAGUGCCCUCAUCCUCCGUCGUCCCCCACAAUGACCCCACACUCCUCUUCACCAAUGCUGGUAUGAACCAGUUCAAACCCAUCUUUCUGGGAACGGUGGGCAAGACGGAUGACAUGGCGCAAUUGAAGAGAGCAGUGGAUACUCAGAAGGUAUGCUAGGCUAUGUCUGUACAAGUUUGUUCUGACAGAUCAAAGUGUAUCCGCGCUGGAGGCAAGCACAAUGACCUUGACGAUGUGGGAAAAGACAGUUAUCAUCACACAUUUUUUGAGAUGCUGGGCAAUUGGUCUUUCGGCGAUUACUUCAAGGAAGGUGCUAUUACAAUGUCCUGGGAGCUUCUCACUAAAGUCUAUGGAUUGGAUCCGGAUCGUUUGUAUGUUACCUACUUUGAGGGAGACGAGGCCUCUGGAUUGGAACCCGACUUGGAGGCCAAGGAAAUCUGGAAGAGUGUUGGUGUGGCAGACGACCAUAUCUUGCCAGGAGAUAUGAAAGACAAUUUCUGGGAGAUGGGUGACCAAGGACCAUGCGGGCCAUGCAGUGAGGUACACUACGACAGAAUAGGUGGACGAAACGCCGCUCAUCUUGUCAACCAAGAUGAUCCAAAUGUGUUGGAAAUCUGGAACAACGUUUUCAUCCAAUUUGAUAGACAGAAGGACCGUUCGCUAAAAACUUUGCCAGCCAAGCAUGUUGACACUGGUAUGGGAUUUGAACGCCUGGUUUCGGUUCUACAGGACAAAGCCUCUAAUUAUGAUACUGAUGUAUUUUCCCCACUCUUCGCCAGAAUACAGGAGGUCACGGGAGCUCGGGAGUAUACCGACAAAUAUGGUGCUGACGAUCUUGAUGGCAUUGAUACCGCUUAUCGUGUUGUUGCAGAUCACAUUCGUUUGCUGACUUUCGCCAUAUCUGACGGAGGUGUUCCUAACAAUGAGGGAAGAGGAUACGUUGUUCGACGUGUUCUACGGAGAGGAUCUCGAUAUGCCCGAAAAUACUUUGGAGCCGAAAUUGGCAGCUUUUUCUCCAAGAUUCUCCCUGCUUUGGUUGCACAGAUGGGUGAGCAGUUUCCAGAAAUCGUCAAGAAGCAGGAUGAUGUUAGGGAAAUUCUUGACGAAGAGGAAGCUGCUUUUGCAAAGACAUUGGAUCGAGGCGAGAAGAUGUUUGAAAAAUAUGCUGCAAAGGCCAUCGAGACGAGCACCAAGAAGUUAUCAGGCGCAGAUGUUUGGCGAUUAUACGAUACUUUCGGAUUUCCAGAGGAUUUGACAAAAAUUAUGGCAGAGGAACGAGGAUUAGAGACCGACGAUGCUGAGAUUCGGGUAGCACAGGAAAAGGCAAGAGAGGCCAGCAAGUCUGUCAAGGAGGCUGCCCACACUUUUGCAAAGUUGGACGUGCAUCAAAUCGCAGAACUGGAUAAGAUUGGCAUCCCAAGACCAAAUGAUGACGCCAAAUUCUCCAAGGGUGAUAUCACUGCAAAGAUCCAGCUAAUCUAUGACGGAAAGGAUUUCUUGAAGUCCACUGCAGAUCUGCCAUCACAAAAAACAUUUGGAAUCUUAGUUGAUAAAACCAACUUUUAUGCAGAGCAGGGAGGUCAAAUUUUCGAUACUGGCAAAAUGGUCAUUGAUGGUGUCGCAAAGUUCAUAGUUUUGGACGUCCAGGCUUUCGGUGGCUAUAUUCUACACAACGGUUAUCUAAGGUAUGGUCAACUCAAGGCCGGAGAUGAGAUCAUCUGUGAAUACGAUGAGCCCAGAAGAAAGCCAAUUCGUAAUAACCAUACAGGAACACAUAUUCUCAACCACGCUCUCAGGGAACAUCUGGGCGAUGAUAUCAACCAGAAGGGAUCUCUAGUUGACCAAGACAAACUCCGGUUUGAUUUCUCACACAAAGCUCAAGUCACUUUGCCGGAGCUGAAGAAGAUUGAAGAUUCCGCAAACUCUUAUAUCAAGCAAAACUGCAAGAUUUAUUCGAAAGAUGUGGAUCUUGAUAUUGCAAAGGGGAUUGAAGGUGUCCGUGCUGUCUUUGGCGAGACAUAUCCAAAUCCAGUUCGUGUCGUCUCAGUGGGCGUUGAAGUUGAUAUCCUUCUUGCAGAACCUCAAAACCCUGAGUGGCGAAAGGUCAGUGUUGAGUUCUGCGGCGGUACCCAUGUGGACCAAACUGGACUGAUCAAGGAUCUUGUGAUUGUGGAGGAGAGCGGAAUUGCCAAGGGCAUUCGACGAAUUAUUGCUUACACUGGUGAUGCCGCGCAUGAGGUUCAACGUUUGGCUGUGGAAUUUGCGAAGCGAAUCUCACUUCUGGAGCAAAUGCCCCAUGGACCAGAGAAAGAGGCUGCUUGCAAGGUCACACAGCAAGACUUGAGCCAGCUUACUGUGUCAACUUUGACAAAGGAAGAGCUCAAGGGCCAGUUUGCCAAGGUUCAAAAGGCCGUUCUUGAUGAACAGAAGAAAAAGCAAAAGGCUGAGUCGAAAACCGCACUCGACACUGUCACUCAAUACUUUGCUCUUCCAGAAAACAAAGACAAGAAAGUCUUUGUUGGCAAGCUCCCAAUCUCCGCAAACCCCAAGGCUAUCAACGAUGUCUUGAACUAUUGCAAGACGAAAGCCAAGGACAAGACCGUGUAUCUGUUUAGCGGAAGCACCGAAGAGAACGCAGUGGUCCAUGGCACCUAUGUCGCCUCGGAUUAUGCUGCUAAAGGUCUCACGGCUGAGAAGCUGGCUGCUGCCGUGUCUGAUCUCGUCGGAGGUAAAUCUGGAGGAAAGGAGCCUACGAGAACGGGCCAGGGUAUCAAUCCAGGGAAGAUUGAUGAUGCCGUUGCGGAGGUUGAGAAGUUGUUUGCUGGUUUUACGAUUUGAUUUUGAUACCAUUUGUACUGUAGAAUAGAGUCUCUUUCUUAUAAAAAAAAGAUUUUUGUCUUGCUUUGUGUAGAUGAGUGGAUGUGUUUUGUAGGUGUCUUACAUGUUUCC